GCUGACACAGGAAGCCCUGACCAUCCAAAGGCAGGACGUCGUCUGCGUGGGGGGUGGCCAACCCAGCAACAGCAACUGUUACACUUCGCAGACAGCCUGUGGGCGGCCUGGGCCUGAGUAUCAAGGGAGGAGCUGAGCACAGCAUUCCUGUCGUCAUCUCCAAAAUAUUCAAAGACCAAGCAGCUGACCAGACUGGGAUGUUGUUCAUAGGAGAUGCUGUCCUACAGGUUAAUGGCAUUAAUGUAGAAAAUGCAACCCAUGAAGAGGUGGUGCAUCUUUUGAGAAAUGCUGGUGAUGAAGUCACCAUCACAGUGGACUAUCUCAGGGAAGCGCCCUCAUUUCUGAAGCUCCCGUUAGGGUCCCCAGGGCCGUCCAGCAGCCCCAGCAGCAGGGCCUCCUCACCUCUCUUUGACAGCGGUCUGCACCUAAAUGGACACUGCAGCCACACGGCUCCACCGUCGCCUUCCUCACCCAUAGCUAAUGAACCAAAGUACGAGAAGCGCUGGCUAGACACCUUGUCAGUCCCUCUGUCCAUGGCUCGGAUCGCCAGGCACAAAGCUGGAACGGAAAAACUCAGGUCCAGUGCUUUCGAGGUGCUGGCCCUGGAUGGAACCAGCACAGGAGUCCUUCAGUUUUACACGGCCCAGGACUGUGCUGACUGGAUGCGUGCGGUGUCGGCCAACAUCAGCAAUCUGACACUUCAAAAUAUGAAAAUGGCCAAUAAAUGCUGUUCUCCUUCUGACCAGGUUGUGCACAUGGGGUGGGCAAAUGAGAGGCUCCUGGAACCUGACUCCUCGGAGACAUUCAGACCCACGUUCCUGGCCCUGAAGGGAUCCUCCGUCUACAUUUUCAGCACUCCUCCGGUGAGCACCCUGGACUGGGCGUGUGCAGAGAGAGUCUACAACCUCUGUGAGGUGCUGUUCAAAGUUCACAAGUUCGGGCUUACAGGCGACUACUGGCUGCAAGCAAACUUAUAUCUGGGUCUCCAAGACUUUGACUUUGAGGACCAGAGGCCAUACUACUUCAGUGUCCUUGCCGGCCAGGGGAAGAGCCAUGUGUUCAACGUGGACCUGGGCUGCGAGCUCGCCAUGUGGGAGAAGUCAUUCCAAAGAGCAACUUUCAUGGAAGUGCAGAGGACCGGGUCAAAAACAUACAUGUGCAGCUGGCAAGGAGAAGCACUGUGGUUCACGGUGGAUUUCGCGCUGGGGUUCACCUGCUUUGACAGCAAGAUGAAGAAUGUGCUCUGGAGAUUCAAGUUCUCGCAGCUGAAGGGAUCUUCAGAUGAUGGAAAAACGCGAGUGAAGCUGCUGUUUCAGAGUCUGGACACCAAACAAAUUGAGAUGAAGAAGCUGGAGUUCCAGGACCUGACGGCCGUCCUGCACUGCAUUCACUCCUUCAUCGCAGCCAAGGUGGCCGCCCUGGACCCUGUGUUUAUGGACAGCCAGAGCGUCUCAAGGCGGUACAUGUACAGCAGCUGAGCUUGUUUCUGCUGCAAAUUAAAUUAUUUUCUUAAGAAAAGAGUGUUUCCUGCACAGCAUUGCACCUUUGUGUGAUUUUAUAACGAGACUAUAGUUGUGAUACCAAUAAAACACGUCACUAGUUUC